ACUUCAUUCCCCUUUUCUUUCUUUUGCUUCGACUUGUACACGAUGGGAAUUGACAGGCGUUCAGCCGGCAGAGCGGUUUUGAUUUGACCGGCGUAUUCGGCGUGUUGGAAAUGGAGCGGGUUCAGGGAAAUACUCCGGAUGAGUUAUGGGCAUGGGAAAUGGUUUUCAGGAGGACCUUUACGGGUCAUGAUGUGAGCGCCUGCUUCACGAUUGUCAUUAUUAUUGUCAGACUUUCUUUCUUUCCCUUUUAUAUUUCCGUUCUCCUCUUCUAUUACUAGGAUAUUUGUGACAUGGCUCCCCAAGCGCCGAACAUUUGGGC